UCCUAGCUAGACAUUCCUGUUCAGCUCCUUAUACUCAAAUUUCAAAGCUUAGAGAUAUAUUAUUGCAAAGAUGAAGAUAUUGACCAGUAGUGGCCUUUGGGGACUGAAGAUUCUGUUCAUCGCCGCAGGUACAGUGUCUCUUGCCAUGGCCAUGAAAGCUUCCUGGCCGGUUCUCAUGCAUGAUCUCCCAACCACGGUUCGGACCGGGUUCACAGCCUGUCUCCGGCCACCCUACCUUUACGCCAUCAUCAACGGCAUCAUCCUUACCCUCCUCUGCGCCUCUCGCUUCCAGAAUGAAAGCCUCGAUGAUCAUCAGAAGACUACGACGCAGCCCGGCCACCAGUUCCGGCCGUUUCUUCCCCGCCCGUCGCCGGAAGUGGUGCCGGUGAAGACGGCUUUGACUAAACAUGGACACCCUUUAAUGCAUUCCGCCGCUAUCUCAGAAGAAGAGGUUAUAAAAGGUAAUAAUAAUGAUUAUCCAACAUUUGUUAAAGAGCAUGUUAGUCGGUCUCAUUCAUCUGAGUCGAGACGGUCUUCCACCGAGUUAUUGUCGGCGGCGGCGGUGGAGCCGCCGAUUCCCGACCACAAUCUGGCCUUAGAACCGCACGCCAGCCUGGAGGACACGUGGAGGAUGAUCGCGGAGAGGAGCAACGUGUCGCCGACGCCGCAGCUCAAGAGGCAGCAGCUAAAGUCACGGACAUUCAAGGAGCGGUCAAACUACGGCGAGUCGCCAAAGGGGGGCUCGGCGGCGGGGACGAAGAUGCGGCGGGAACCGUGGCUGAGUCAGGACGAGUUGAACCGGCGAGUUGAGGCGUUCAUCCAGAAGUUCAACGAGGAGAUGAGGUUGCAAAGGCAGCGGUCUUUGCAGCAGCACAUGGAGAUGCUCAAGCGUGGGGCCCGCUGACUUGAUUAGUUUUCCGUGUUCUUCUAAAAUCGAUUAAUAAUUAAUUAAUUAAUUACAGGUUUGAUAUAUUUGGCUAGCUACUAAUUAAAAGGUUUUCUUAAACUUGCUUGAUGAAGUGGUAAUUAAGAAUUGAAAGUGGUGUUUUCCCUUUUCAACGGCGUUUUCAUGAUGUGAUAUGGUUGGUAACAGUGGGUGUAGUAGCCUUUUUUCAUAAACUAUAUUAUGCGCCGUACCUUAUUAGUGGAAGAGUGAAAUUGAAGCAAAGCAUUAUUACUCAAGCUUUGCGUUUGUAAAGGUAUGAUUUCCUAUGAUAUGUAUUGAUCCCUUAGCUUGUUUAAUUUUAUUUAAUAAAUUGUCGUUAGUUACGGAUUCCAGUGUACACUAGGAGGCCGUUUGGCAACCCUCAUUUUAGGCUUAUCAGGCUUAUCAGUCAACUUUUUUACCAAACGC